UGUUUGUAAUUAUCCCGGUUUCGUUCAUCAUAGGAGUUCGGACAACAGCUUUCGUUUCGCUCGAAAAUGAUCGUCUAGGGUUUUUCUAAAAUCCGUCUCUUGGUUGCAUCUUUGCCUCGUUCCAGACUAGCGUCCUCGGGCUUAUGGAGCUGGCAGAUAUUGACGGUGCGUCCAUAGCAAAGCGGCUGGCCUCCUGCAAGCAAUCCUCACGCAAUCGUGCCGUCCUUCUCCUUUGCUCAUGGCUUCCAAAACGAAACGGCGAUCCCUCCUCCGCAUCCGGCGUGUCGGAUUCCGAGCUCAUAAAGAUCUGGAAGGGCCUCUUCUUCUGCGUGUGGCACUCUGACAGGCUGGCUAACCAGGUUGAGCUCAUCAAUCGUCUCGCCGCUCUCCUCUCAUCACUUCCUCCUCAGCUCGCUGGUCGUUACCUUGAGUCUUUUCUGAUUACGAUCCGCCGUGAGUGGUCCGGUAUCGACUUCCUCCGCCUUGAUAAGUUCUAUCUACUCAUCCGCAGAUUUCUCCGCCAUGUCCUUGUUGUCCUCAGGAACAACUCUUGGAAUAUUGAACUUACAGCUCGGAUUGCAGACAUACUUUCGCAGGGUUCCCUGCUUUCUGUCGACAAGUUCCCUGCUGCAGGCGUGAACUACCAUAUCGCCGAGAUUUUUCUCGACGAGAUUGCUGAAUUUCUCCCGCUGGAAAAGGAAAUUGUAGAUUUACUCCUGAACCCUUUCUUUUUAGCUAUGCAGACAACAACCGACAAGGUUUUAGUGAACAAGAUCAAAGUCAACAUCUUUGAUCGUUGGGCAGUUAAUGGUUCAAAUCUCUUAUCUAAUGUGGACGGGGGUAGUGACGUUGAGAAAUUUGGGAAGAUUGCCUUGUUAAUGGGGUUUUCAAAGAAAUUCCUAACUUUGGCUUCUGCUACUGAGACGCAGCAGGGUAAUAGGAAAGUUUUGUUUGAUUUACAUGAAAGGUAUCUUAAAUUAGAUAAGGAGCUUGAGAAAUCUGGUCUUGAUAUCUCCUUGAAGCCAUUGGAUAAUGGUAGGUCUGUACCAGAAUGUGAAUGUGAUAUGGAAACUACUCAGGUCCUUAACGCUAAUAGUUGUAGCGAUAAUGGUCCAAUUGAGGCGAAGAAAAAGAAGAAGAAGAAGGCCAACGAACCAUUAGAUAGAACUGAGACGAAUAGUAUGAUCAAGAAGAAGAAGACUUUGAGUUCAUCCACUAAAAGUAAUGGUGUGGACUUGGAAGAAAUGAGCAGGAGCAAGAAGAAGAAAAAAAAAUUGGUAGAUUUAUCUGUUGAAGGCACUGGCACUGAAGCAACAAUUCAUGAUUCACGUCCUAUUUGCAACCAUGAAAAUAGUAAUUUGGUCUCCUCUGACAACAAUGAUAUUAUUUGUUUUGAUGACACAUUACUUUCCAAUCUUCAGAAGCAAUUUGAGAAAGUGGCUGCUGAAGCUGGUAUGACCAGUGGAAGCAUUCCUAAAGUGUCAAAAAAGAGGAAAAGGGAAAUGAACGCUGACAAUAAGAAGCUGUUUUUAAAAUCUGAAAAUGUUGAUUUGGGGAGUGAGAAUGGGAAAAAUGGUGAGAAAAAUGUUAAAAAAGUCAGGUUCUCUAUGAAUAAAAAUUUGAUAUGGAAGCCUCAAAAUCCAUUGCCUCCUCAAAACUUGAGGCUUCCUCCUUCAGUUACUCCUAGAGGUAGUGCAUUAAAGAAAGGAUUAUCUCCUGGUCCCAUUAGAGAAAGCCCUCCAACGGUAAAGAAGAUUAAGGUUAAAGGCAGCUCUCUGAAGAAGGGCAGGAGGGCUUUCAAGGCAGCAUCACCUGCGCAUUCGAGAACAAGAUACAUGAGACUCAUCGAAUGGCUGAAAUUCAAAGAUCUGAACAACAACACGAUGGAGAAGGCAUAAAUGUAGGUACAUAAUGCAUUAGAGGCUAUGAGCAAGAGAGGAAUGAAUCCGGUGUUGGCCAUGAAAG